UACGCGCGCGCCGUCGCCGCCCACGCCACCGCCGCCACCGCCGCCUCGGUUCGGGGCUUUUAGUGAGGGCGAGGUCGGGUCGGCACACGUUAUAAUAUUGAUUCGGCGCCGCGCGCGAGUGUAUACAUUAUAAUAACGUGCAAUUUACGGGGACUGCGUACAACUGCAUUCUUCGUCGUGACGCAUUACCACCGGAGUGCCGCUCGCAGACGGUUUUUGGCGACAGGUACGUUAUGUACUUGUAUUGUAAUUUUAUGGACAACAGUUGUACAAUUACAUAACAGUUACUGUUAUUUGAACACGUUGAGACCACCUUUGGGCAGAAAGAGAGAGAGAGAUAGAGAGAGGGUGAGAGAGAAAGAGAGAGAGAUGGUGCGAGAAAUAUAGAAAAAACGCAAACGCGUUUAAAUAAAAAAAACGUGCCUUUGAACUACGGAUCUCACGAUGGACGGGCGUUUUAAAAUGUAGGGCCGCUCAGGGGUGUUACCCGCGUCGAUACACAAAGAGUUGGCAUUUUUUUUCUCCUAAUUUUUCGCCCAUCCCUACUCGGUGCGCCGCACGCAUUGCACACGCUGCGGCCGCCGCCACCGCCGUCGCGGUCGUCUCCUCGUUGUCGCGCCACCGCACGCGCAGUUUCAUCCACGCGCACGAACACCAUCGUCUGUCGUUGCCCUCCCCGCAUCGUUUGGAUAACGAUUCUAAUUUACCCCCAUUCCCACCGUGAUCCUCCCCCAAAACCGUUUCCUCGGCGAUAGUAAUUUAAAAGAUAACAAUAUUAUUACUAUAAUAAUAAUAUAAUAUCGCGAAUUCCGUCGUUCUAUUUUACAACCGUAAUAACAGCACUUAUACUACCAUCAUCGUCACCACCGCCGCGGCCGCCUCCGUCAACGCAAACGACGCCGACGGGACACCACCGCCGGCACCGCCGUUGCCGCGAUCGUCGUUCGAUCGACGACAGAUUCGCGCGGACGGUACUCGCAUUCACACACGUACACGCGUGCGCGCGCACACACACACACACACACACACACACACACAAACGGACACGCACAAGCGCGCAUACACAAACAAACGCACACGCCCACACGCGCACGCGCCCGCACACACACACGCACACACAAGCUCACACGCACCUGACGCCGAGCACCACACGCCACUCGCACACGCACGUUACACAGAAGUGGUCGACGGUCGCCGCGCGAUAUCCGACUCAGUCGACGGACGCAGUUUGCACCGGUACCAUCACUGCCGCCGCGGUCGUCCAUCGUCGUCGAGAGCCAACGCCGCCGAAACACACGCGGCCGCACAAUGUCCGUCGUCCACCGGUCCACCACGUUCCGAUGCGUUUUGUUUACUGCAGCAAUUGUGAUUUUUGAUCAAAUCCUCGUAUCUUCAAUACAUGCCUUACAAAUUAAUGAAAAAAAUAACACAAAAUGGUCACCAAUUACAACAUUUCAAAAAGUGAAACGUUUACCGGACGAAAGCUCACUAGAUCCCGUGUCGAACGCAGACGAUGAAACUCAGAGGUCGGUCCGAAAAAGUGCUGUUUUGUACAAUAAAGCUGACAUAACAACAACUACUCAACCAAGUAAUAUUGUUGCGUCACUUUUCCGACUAAACGAGGAAGAAGGUAAUACGUGUAUUCUAUUGAGGGUAGAUGCUGUCAUUGAAGUAAAGUUUAAAACUAAACUUGGUUCUGAAGACGUAAGGCAAACUGAUCUGUAUGUUCCUGACGAUGCAGAAGUAACUGGUGAUUGCAGCAAUGAGGAUGAUGCAACAUUAAUACUCAAAUGGAAAAAUUUUGUUUUUACUUGGUACUUCACAAAGACUCUUGGAGGAGAAAGAUGGUUUGUCAAGGCAUUGGAACUCGAGAUAAACACGGCUGAUAAACAUUUUGACCAUAUUAAAACCAAAGAUAAAAUUGUACGCUUGUCAACAGUAUCCAGUUAUGGUACACUGCUGUUUAUGACACCAGUAGGACAGUCAUAUUCGUGUCAAAAAGAAAUUAGUGUGGUAUUGAGUGAUCAAAACGUACCUACGAUGAAAGGUUACGUAUUGCUCAGAGCAUUUACUGUACAGCCGUUCAUAUUUAAAAACAAUGAAUUUGGACCAGCUUACCAGUGUUCGUCGAUUGGAGCCGGCGCCAUGCGAAACGAAACCGUACCAUUCAUAUUUGGCAUCACUCUAGCAGCCGUCGCUGUACUUACAGUUGGUGGGUAUGCGGUUUUCAGACACUUCAAAAUCAAGAAAGUCCAGUACGAUACGAUGGAAUAAAUGAUUCUAAGCAUGGGAAAUGUAGAUGUGCUAACCAAACUGGGGAUUUGUUUUAAUUAUAAAUUAAAAAUUAUAUCGUUUUUUAAUUGUUUUGAUCAACACAGCAAUAAUCGCAUAGACGACGUUUUUAUUUUAUACUAUAGUUUAUAUAAUAUAAUUAUUAGGCUAUUACUAACUAUUUGAUACUGCAAUGACACGUUGUGUGUAUAUUUUUUUUUUGUAGAAUUUCUGAUUCGCCUGAUUUUUAAAAGAAUAUCUGACUUACAUAUUUAUUUAAUGUGUAAAUUAUAGGUAUCAAUUUGAUAACUAUGCAUUGGUAUUACAAAAUUGACUUAUUUUACAUAAAUUUAUUAAUAUCAUUAUUUUUUCAUUUUAUCGGUUCUCAUAACCAAUUAUCUGAUUUAGAUGUUUUUAAUCUGUAUUUGUUUUAUUUUAUUAGUUGUGUUCUUACAUCACAACAAAAGUUAAAACCGAGCAUAGAUAACUCGAUAUCUGAGUUCAUAUUUAUUUUAAAUUUCAACAUUAAUUUAUAUUCUAUACAUAAUAUAAAACAAACAAAUUUUAAACCUAGGUAGUUUUAUUACUGAAGUAUUCAUUCUUAUUUAUUAAAAAAAUAUAUUUCUACCAUUGUGUUUACAUACAAUAUUUUUAAUCUUAAUCAACAUUAAAUAAAUUAGCAACACACUAUAAUUAUUUCAUAUUUAGACACAUAAAAAAUAUCUCAUUAUUAUUAUUAAAUAUUUGUUUUCUAAUAUAAUAUCAUUACUGAGUUAAUUUUUUACUAUUUAACUUAAAAACAUACAUUAAAUUGUUAUUAUAAGUAUUUUUUUAUUUAUAUAAUAUAAUAUUGUAUUAAUUUCAAUAAUAUGUCUGCUUACAGUUGGUGACGUAUACAUACGUUAAACUAUAUGUGUUAUAUAAAUAAUUACUGAUAGUGUAAAAUGUAAAUUAAUACGCAAUUUUUUAUUAUUAUAAAUAUGAGCUAGGUUUGAUUUAAUUCAUCAAAUUCAUUUUAAAAUUGGUUUACUUGUUUAACGACUUAGUGUAUAAGUUGCAACAGAAACUAUUGUUAUUCGGAAUGUCAAUUACCUAUAUAAUAUGCUUUGAUUUCAAUGAUUUGUAUUUCAUCGGGUAAUUGGAUUGAUUUUGUCAAAUAUCUUAAACUUAACAUAGUACUACAGUAAAACAAUUUACUUGUAAUAUAACACCCAUGUUACUUUACCCUUAUCUGACUGUUCAUUACAAUAUUAAUUAUAAUAGGUGGUUUCAAAAUUAAUAUAGUAAAUUUAUAUAAAUUUAAUUUUAGGAUGGCAGAUUUUAUUGUUGUAAGCAACAUUAAUGAAGCUCUUUAUAUUUUAGUAAUUCAAUUUAAUGUUUUGAUUUUAUAUAACAAACAUAAUUUCAUAUUAGAUUUAUCGCCCUUUCUACUAAAUUAUACCUUAAUUUUGGCUUAUUUGAAAGUUAAAAUGUAUUGUCUUUUAUUAUUUAACAUUAAGUCGUUGGUAUGAAAAAGAUAAACUGAUUUAUAUAAUUCGAUUAUUAUCAAGGAUCUAUUGAAUAUUAGAUGGAAAUUUCCAAAUUUCAAAUUAUCUUUAAAUACUGUAAUUUUAUUGAAAAAUAUAUUGGAAAUGCAAUAUUUUAGUUCAACUAUUUGAGAUAAUUAUCAUUAAUUGUAUUAUUUAGUAUUGUAAGUGUGUACAGUCUUAAGGAUAAUGCCCAUUACUAACGUGUUCUAACUAUAUACAUUUUAUAGAUCAUAGUGGACUUAGGAAAUCCGUAGUCAUCUGGUGAGCACUAAUGGGCUAUAAGGAAAUAAAAAAUUAUACCUAACUCUUGAUUCUUUUGAAAAAAAAAAACAACACAAGAUUUGCGUUUGUUAUAAGGACCAUCAUUAGUAUAUUAUUAGUUCAAUGUAAGGACUACGUUACUAGAAAUUUCUUAUCCGUUUUUAUACCCACAUGUUACAUAUUUUACUGCAUAUCAUCGUUUCAUUCUUCUCAUUAUUAAUUGAUAACAUGCAUAUACAUCACUUUAUGUAUAGGUACCUAUUAUAACUUAAAUAUUUUUAUUUGUAUUGUACUUUUUCUAAUGGGUAACACGAUAAGUAAAUUCAAUAAUACGAGAAAACGACCAUAUUUCCAAUCAAAUAAGUAGGUACCUAAGUAACAUAAUAUUAUGAAUCCGAUAGUUAAACUAUUUGUUAAUACCAUAAUAUUAAAAAUAAAAAUUACUUUCUCCAAAGUUAUAGAAUACCCACCUAAUCAUACACUAAUAUUUCACUCAACACAGCAUACAUUUUUUUAGGAACAGAAAGUUCAUAAUUAAUAUUUUUCGAUGAUUUUCAAAUAAACAAAUUUAUAUCAUUAAAUUAUUUAAAACUAUAGAAAGGCGUGUAUUAAUGAUAUAUCCCUUUUAAAUUAAUAUAAUAAAUUAGGUAAAUACAAAUGUCCGUUAAAUGCGUUCUAACUAAUUUCUGAUAUUUUUACAUAUUAUUAUCUUAUAAAGUUAUAACUUAAAGAUCACACAUUUUAAAUUUAUAUAUAUCCACUUCAUAAUAAUGUUAUAAUAUUUUGAGUUGGUUCGUAUUCAAUAAGUAAUACAUUUAAACAUAGUAACUAUUUGAAAAAAUUAGUAUCAUAUCAUAUUUAUCAAUAAUAUGUGAUAAAUCUAUUCAAAAUAUAUAAAUACCAAAUCUUGUUUUGAUGCAGUAGGUUAGAAUAGAAUAAAUUCAAGUAUAACUCAUAACGAAGUAUUAAAAAGUAACAAAUUCAGAAAUUAUUUAUUUACUUACCUACAAAUGAUUUAAUUGUAAAAUAUUGUUUUUUUUGCUUUAAUUUUAAUUAUUCUAUUUUUUUUUUUAAUGAAUAAUAUUAUAGUAUUGAUAUAAUAAUAUAUCGUAAUUAUUACAUUUUUGCUAACACGUUUUAAUUGAAUCAAUAAAAUUGCGUGAACUUUUCAUUUGUUAUGAUUCAAUGCGCUUAUCGUUUCAAUAUAAUAUUAUAUAUUAUGAUUAUCUUUAUUGUAACAUUAUUCCUAAAUUAGACUGUGCCACAAGCACACAAUAAUUGUAAUUAAUACUAUUUUUGAUUAUUUAGAGAAUACAUAUAAUACAUAUAAGACAUAAGUGUUUCGGUCUGACCACCGUUUACAUAAAUAUUUACUUACAAUAAAAUAAAUAAAAAUCAAUACAAUAAUGGUUUUAUAUUGUCAACGAAAUGCAUAUCGACGUCCUCGUCUUCCAACACAAAUUUUAAGCAUUUUAAUGUUUUACGUUUUUUUUUUUUUUUUAUAAUGUGAUUUAUUAUAUUCGAGUGUCUUUUUCUCUCAUAUUUACGACGAUGAAUACCGUAUAAUAUUUAUUACGAUCAUAUUUAUUAUAUUACCUAUUAGUUUAUAAAUAUUGUUAUCAUAGUAGUUAAAUAGUUAUACUGUUUGUGUGUAGUCUAUUUAUUUAGCUAAGCCAUAAUAUAGUUAUGAAUAACUAGAAUAAAUUAUAAUUAUUAUUAUUAAUAAUACUAUUACAAUGAUUAUUAUUAUUAUUGUUAUUAUUAGCAGUUGUAGUAUUAGUAUAACCUAUUAUAUAUUUAUUAUAAAUUAUUAUUUUAUUUUUAUUAUUAUAAUUCUAAAUUAUUAUUUUUACUUUUAAUACUAUUACUAUUGUUUACACAAAUUAUAACUGCAAUAAUAAAUUGCACAUUAUUAAAAUGUGUUUUUAUCAUUGUAAACUUUUAAAAUUUUAUGAUAAAUAAAUAUUUAAGCCAUAGAAGUUUGAAAUUAUAAUUAUCUUUAUAAAAGUGUACACACACAACUAGUAUUUAAUUUAGAUGCUAAUUGAAAUGUCACAUCCAAAGUGUCCCAAUCCCCGAAUGAGAAUAAAAGUUCAAUGUAUCAAAAAUAAAUAUACUGGAUAAUUCUAACAUUUAAAAAAAAAAAACAACCAGGGAAUUCGCUCUGUUGUAUUACAAGUUUUGAUAAUAAGCGUCAUUUAAAAUGUUGCCAUGAUGGGUAUUGUGUA